UUUCUCCUUCUCUUACACAUAGUUCUACAGAUCUUUUGUUGCAGUCGCUGUUAAGUCUCUUGCAGACUGAAGUAGGAGAGGUCUGUGUCGGUACGUUGUUGACCUGUGAGUGGAUUCUGUAUACAAAGAGCUGCUGUUUGCUCUGGCUUUUCUACUGCCAGCAUGAAGCUCGGUGGAGGAGGCAUGCUCUGCAUCCUGGAACAGUGUGCUGCUGUAAACAGAUCCCUGGAUUAAUGCUCCAUCCUCCAGAGAGCAAAUAUGCACCAUCCAGGCUUCUAUGUUAGCUUGUGAGGUCAUCAUCUCCUGCAUACAGUGAUCUCUCACAUACAUGGUUUUGGUGACUUGGCAGUACACUUCCAGAGCGGCUCCUCCUGUUGCACACUUUGAGUCUUUACUAUAGAAGCAGGAAACUUGUCAUCCGUAGCCUGGAUGAUGCCACAAAACAGCAAGACAGACUACAGGACUGGAAAGGAAUCUAAACUCAAACACACUUUUCACACAGGAGAAAACGUAAUCUAGCUAUGUCUCACCAUGAGAAAGAGGAGGAGGCAUUGCCUAAAAGUACCCCGUCCGUCUCUCCAGAAAGCACAAUGACAUCCCAUCUCAAGUACAUCUCUUUAGGCAUCCUGGUGUUUCAGACGACCAGCCUGGUUCUCACUAUGCGCUACUCCCGCACGCUUAAGGAGGAGGGUCCUCGCUACUUGUCUUCUACUGCCGUAGUGGCUGCUGAGGUGCUGAAGAUUGUAGCAUGCAUCAUUCUGGUCUAUAAGGACAACAGUUGUAGCCUACGAGCCUUGAAUCGGGUGCUUCAUGAUGAAAUUAUCAAUAAACCAAUGGAUACGCUAAAGCUUGCCAUACCUUCUGGGAUCUACACCCUGCAAAAUAACCUCCUGUAUGUCGCACUGUCAAAUCUUGAUGCAGCAACUUAUCAGGUGACCUAUCAGCUUAAAAUCCUUACUACUGCUCUCUUCUCAGUGUCUAUGCUUCAGAAAAAGCUGACUAAAUAUCAGUGGCUUUCCUUGUUAAUCCUAAUGGCAGGAGUAACCCUAGUCCAGUGGCCAUCGGAUACUCUUAGUUCUCCUUCAAAAGAAGUAUCUGUGGGUUCGCGGUUUGUUGGGCUUAUGGCUGUCCUCACUGCUUGCUUUUCAAGCGGGUUUGCUGGUGUCUACUUCGAAAAGAUCCUUAAGGAGACUAAGCAGUCAGUAUGGAUUAGGAAUAUACAGCUUGGUUUCUUUGGCGGGAUAUUUGGUCUGAUGGGAGUAUUUAUUUAUGACGGUGAUCGGGUUUCAAAGGAAGGCUUCUUUCAGGGCUACAAUAACCUGACCUGGACAGUCGUAGCCCUUCAGGCUCUAGGCGGAUUGGUCAUUGCCGCUGUUAUUAAAUAUGCUGAUAACAUCCUGAAGGGCUUCGCCACAUCUCUCUCAAUCAUACUUUCAACACUAAUUUCUUAUUUUUGGCUUCAAGACUUUGUACCCACAAGUGUGUUCUUCUUUGGAGCAAUGUUUGUGAUUUCAGCGACGUUCUUGUAUGGAUAUGACCCAAAGCCAUCUGUGAACGCAAGUAAAGCAUGAAGUGCAGGACUCAGUAAAAGUAUUGUGCUAGAGCGCCCCCUAGUGGCUGCAGAAGGACAGUGCUGGAUGAGGAGGUCAAAGAGAUAUGCUGCUGAGAACUGACUGCAGAACAAAACACUGCUGCUCUUUUUUUGUGAAGGACCUAAUAUUAUUUUAUAUAAGAGAGGCGCUAUAUAUUUUGUUAAUACUUGAACUUGGAGGCAUUUUUUUUUUUUUUGCUGCACACCUCUCCUUAUCAAGUCUAGAAAAUUGCAUUAUCUUCUAUGGAGAAUGUUUAAUCUGUGCAAAUGGAUUUUUAAUGUGGUGGUAAUCGACCUGAGAUACUUGCCUAUUUCUGACCUCUAUUAAUUCAAAAGUGCAGCUUGAACUAAAAGCCGGAUAAUGCUUCAUGACAAUUUUAUACAGAAGAGACGAAUAAUGAAUAAUUUGUAUAUAGUUGAAUGUUUCACUGUCUUUGCAAGUGGGAAUGUUGCAUAAUGUUUAAACUAAAACAAGGGGAAUUAAAAACAUUUUACCAGA